AUGCCAGCCCAAUUCAGUGGCAGCAGUGUUGCGGUGUUUGAGCUCAAGCGAGUUGCCUCCGUGGACACCCCCCUUACCUGCAGCUGUCUGCUACCCGCCCCUCUCUUGCCCCAGAGUGAGUCUGACGGCUUGUCCGCGCAGUCUUCUGCCUCUCCAUACUGUGCUGCGGACCGGAGACCGUCGCUCUGCUUCCUCGCUGCUUCGUACGAACUGACAUCCUCCUCUCCGUUGGCUGCACUCCCCGCUGCACCAGAGGUCAGUGACGGGUCCGAGGCUGCAGGCGUGAGGCACGUUGGCGAGUGUGCUUUCUAUCAGUGCGUUGUCGCCGGGGAUGGGGAGGUGGUGGGUGAGACGGACGUUCAGGUGCAGCGUUGCACGUCGGCGCUUCCCGGUGUCUUCAGCCUUGCCUCGGCGCCCUCGUCAUUCUUCCGCACUGUAGCCCCGUUGUCUGCCGCCCACGAGCCGCCGUGCAUCAUGCUGGCGUGCACCGAUGGUAGUGUGCGAGUCCUUGACCCCAUCACGCUCAGCCCUGUAGUGGAUCCGCUACGUGACCUUCACGCGGAGAUGCUGACCAGCUGCACCGCGCUUCACUGUCCCACGCCGCACCUCUUGUGCUCAGCCCACACCGGGGCUGUAUUUCUGUACGCGAUCGCGGAGCGGCGCGUGGCGCAGGAACUGGAGGGGCACGAGUUCGACGCGUGGUGCACGGCGAUACUGCCCACUGGCGGAUGGUGGUCUGCUGCGCCAGCUUCUCCUUGGGCCAAUGGAAGCGGCGGCGACAAUGACACUGCUGGGGAGGCAGAGGCGUGUCCCAUGCCUGCCAGGGACAGCGCAAACGCGUUGCUCGCAUCUGGUGGCGACGAUGGCUACUGCAAACUGUACGAUACACGCACCAACCCCAGCCGCGCCGUUAGUCGCACACGCUUUGACACCGGCGUGGUUUCCAUUACGCCUGUGCUGGACACUCGCGGCGGCUUAUCAACUGCCCACGCUACACCGUAUCUGCUGGUGGGCACGUACGGGGAGUCCAUCUCCCUCAUCGACGUGCGCAGCAUGCGGCGUCCCGUGGCGCAGCGCGGCGGGCUUGGCGGAGGCGUGUGGCGCACCUCCCGCUGCCUUCUCCCGCUAUGGGACUCCGGGGCUGCUGUGUCAGACGGCGCCGCGACUGUGGCACAUGACGACGGUAACGUGAACCUGUCGCUGCUUCUGGCCAGCGCAAGGGCCAAUUACCGCCACAGUGAGGUGAAACGACCGUGCGCCGUGCAGAAUCUCUCCUGCGGAUGGGUCAACACCGCUAACGUUCUUGUAGUGCCGCUGAUGCAGCGCGGAGCUGCACUGCUGCCGUACGAUGUGCGAGCCUCUGCGGAGGAGGUGUUCGGGCAUGCAGAUGUGCCCCUCGCGUACUUCUAUGGUGAGGCUGUGGAGAGCGACUCAGAGGCGGCGCCUAGCGCCACACACGUACCUACGCUGACAGACAAGAUCCUGGUGUACGAUGCGGCAGUGCUGCGGCCGCUUGGUUGGUCCGACUUCCGUGGGGCGGGGGCGGCGGCGGACUGGUCGGCUGCUGUGGUGGCCACCGUUUCCUUUUACGAAAAGCGCCUCGAUGUGUGGACGGUGGCGGCAGGGCAACCGCGGGUGUGA